AGCUGGGGGUUAGAAGAGAGACGCACCAGCGAGCACACCAACAAAACAAACCAAAUACCACAGUCAGGGACUUUCCAAAAAUAAGGACUUGCCGACACAUUGUGUCAUUAAACGUUGGAGAAGACGUAAAAUUACACCGUUGUGAUUUUAAAAAACGGUUACAUUUAAUCGUUAUUACAAUUCCUUGUGUAUUCCGCUGCCGGUUUAGUCUCGUCAGACAAGGACCUGAUCGACCAAAACCAGCCGUUUGUUAGCGAGCGUCGAUGCCCGAUGACUUGAACUGCAGUACCUCCAGCCAACGCCAUAUUCCACAGCACCAAAAACAAUGGAGUGUGGGGGUAUUGCUGUCCUCCAAAAUGAACCGAGAGACCUUGGACAGAACCAACAGAGUAAUCAACGGACGAUUCAGGAAGUGACUGAGUGGUUGAGAGCUAGAGCUGAGAGCCAGUCCAAUGUUGAGAAAGAGGAGGAUGGUGUCCAGCAGAAUGUCGUUCGAAUUAAAGAAGAAGAAGAUGAUUACGGAUAUCCAUGUAGUCGAUCAAAUGGCGGUUGGAUCCCUACAGAACAGAGCACCUCCUCAUCUGCAGACAUUAACGCUGAACUGCAGCAGGAGGAAGAUGAAGGUGAAGAUGAAGAUGAGAUGUUGGACAUGGCUCCAUUCCUCAGCUCUGAGAGAAGUCUCUUCCCUUCACAUCCGGCCAGAGGUUGGCUAGAGUCACUAGCUGCUUUCCCAUCAUUCAAUACUGCAGCUGCAGGUCCAGAGAUGGCGGGGGACAACGGGAGACUCCACAAGUGCCCGGUCUGUGGAAGAGGGUUUUCCAGAAGAUCGAGCAUGAAAAGACAUGUGCUGGGCGUCCACAAGAGAGACAGUACCGGUACCUCAUCCCACCCUCCUGACUCCUCCUCCACAGAACAGACCACCUCCUCGUUAACUGCAAACAUUAAAACGGAACCGAUGCAGGUACAGUCGUCGUUUAUUUAUUCAUCCCAUUGAUGCCUAGCCUGGUUCUCACCGACGGUGUGUGUGUGUACACAAACUACCGUCUGGUAGCACUGCCGUUAACGUGCUCUUCUCGAGUCAGAAAAUAAAUGGUGCAUUUAUUGCGACU